AUGGAUCCGCCCUCAUAUGAAGCCAUCGAAUCCAGCCACGCCGAAAAAGUUGACUCACAGGAUCCUUAUGCAAAAAUCCCAACAAGGCUGAACCUUCGAGAUGAAGUCUACGCGUCAAGAUUGCAGCAUGUGGCAGCACUCGUUGCUCAAUUGCUGCCUCAUCUCAGAGCGAGAGCACAGCAGGGGCUAUCCAGAACAUGCGUGUUGGUUCUGCCAUCAGACACAACUCAAAGAACCAAAGGCCAACUGGUAGGAUUUCCGGAAGAUGAAAUACCGGUUCCUAUCCAACUAGAGGGUGGCUACGACGGUGCGCAGUUCUGGACGCAGCAAGAGGUGAUAAGUCUGCUACGCGAGCAGACUCUGGCGGCCGUCAACUUUGAAAUGCCCAGGUCUGAGGGCCUUGAUGCCAUGACAGAGCCAGUUUGUCCAGAUCCAGUACCAAGAUCUUCAUUUUGGAGCCGAAAGCAGAGCAAGGCGCCAGCGUCCAUACCUUUUGCAGCGAAGUCGAGGAGGCCGCCCGUAGCUGUAGAUGUCGAGUCAGACCUGUUCAGCUUCAGAAGUGAAACGGAAUACGGCCYUUUCGAGACUCUGCAAGCGCGCGGUGUGCUCAUCACAGUGGAYGUCAGAUAG